ACAUUUACUAUCUCCUUCGACGUGUAACGCCGUUAAAACGAUUCCCCCCCCAGAGUAUCCGCUUCUUUUAAAUCAUUCGUCGUUAUCUCCACCGUCUGUUUUUACCUUCCGCUAUAUUUUCAAUGGCGACGAUUAAGCACCACGAAGAUGAACGCCUGAGAGCCGUUGAUUUAACUUCUAAACCCUUUGAAGUCAACAACGCAGUGAGCCUCGAGCCCAAGACGGAGCCGUCGUUAGAGUCAUCGUCGCAUCAGCUGCAGUUUCCGUCUACUUCAAUGUCUUUAGCUCCACCGUCGAGACCGCCAUUGAAGAGAGCUUCGACUAAAGACCGCCACACCAAGGUCGAAGGUAGAGGGAGGAGGAUACGGAUGCCCGCCACGUGUGCGGCUAGGAUUUUUCAGCUGACUAGAGAGCUUGGUCACAAGUCCGACGGCGAGACGAUUCGGUGGCUGCUGGAGAACGCCGAGCCGGCUAUUAUCGCCGCCACGGGUACGGGAACAGUUCCGGCCAUCGCUAUGUCGGUUAACGGAACGUUGAAGAUCCCAACGACGACGAACGGUGAUUCUGACGUGGGAGAUAACUCGGCGAAGAAGAGACGUAAGCGACCUUCUAAUAGUGAGUAUAUAGACAUAAACGAAGCGGUUACGGUUUCGGUUUCUUCCGGUUUAGCACCAAUUUCGUCCGGUUUAGCUCCAAUUUCAUCCGGUUUAGCUCCGGUUUCUACCGUGGCUCAGCAAACGCUGCCGCAAGGGAUGGUUCCGAUGUGGGCGAUUCCAUCGAACGCGGUGAUUCCGGCAGUCGGAGCUUUCUUCCUUGUGCCGCACGUCGCUGGUCCGACGAACCAGCCUCAGAUGUUAGCUUUUCCGGCUGCUCCGCCGUCGUCUUACGUUGCCGCCGUUCAGCAAGCUUCUUUAAUGGCUAGACCACCUUUUGUAUCAGUUCCUGACGUUACCCGUUCCACGCCGUCGGUUAUGGCUCCGAGUUCAAGCUCCGGCGUAACCAACGGAGGCUCGUCGUCGUCUACGACCAACAUGCUCAGAGACUUCUCGCUGGAGAUUUACGAGAAACAGGAGCUUCACCAGUUCAUGUCCACCACCACCGCACGGUCAUCGAACCACUGAGGGAGACUAAACGACGGCGUAUUAGUGAUCACCGGGCACGUGAGGGAAGGAAGUAAAGACGCGCACGUGUUAAGUGGGCCUAGCUUUUAGGCAUCGGUGGGGUCCACGGCGUUGGUGGGUCAACACGCACCAAAAUCAAAAAGCAGAGGAGGGAGUGGGGCCACACAGCUCCCACCUUACGCAUUACAUCCGAGGCGGCCAGGUUGGGUGUGGUCCCGGUUCGGUAGGGCUACGUGGUCCGUUUCGGUGGGCCUCCUCUCCUCACCACUUUGUCUUGACUUUUUGGACUUUGUUUUAUCGCUUUGUAAAUACAAAUAUUGCCACAACAAGAUUUUAUUAAAGCCGAAGCCCUGUAAUAAUAUCAAGUCAUGGACCACCCAACAACAAUUGUGAUAGUAAUAUUUUUAUUUUGAAUCUGUAAUAAUAAUAAAAAUAUUCUAAUGCUUCUUUCCUAUAA